CCAAUCAGAUUCGAUGCACCGAGCAGGCUGCGCAGCAGCUCAACCAAUCGCAGAGCAGAGAGGAUCCGGGCGGUCCGCCGCGUGCCGCCUCUCCGCCGCUGCGGUCCAUAGACUCUGACUGGCGUCUUGCCGCUCCGUGCCGCGCCGCGCCGCUCGCCACCGCUCCGCUCCGCGUCAGGGACGUCGCAGCAGCGGUUGCUAGCCGACAGGCUGCCGCUGCUCUCCGGCUGGGAUGUGACAGAGGUGCGGCCACAGAACCGAGCCAGAUUCUCAGUGAGGGCCCAACCGGGACCAGCGGGACCGUUCCGGGUCAAACAGCCUGUAGCAGCUCCUCUUCCUCAGCGCGGCCCUGGUUCAGGAUGGAGGACUCGGAGACGGAGCUGGCGGUGUCGGAGUCGGACGCCCUGGGCGCAGACUUCAUCACGGUGGAGCUGGACACGCAGCCCAUCGAGUACGUGGUGAAGUGGGCGGAGGUCGGCUCCAAGUUCACCAUCUCCUGCGUGAAGAAAGAUUCGGAUGACCCAUCGGACCUGACAGCCGACCAGCUGAAGAUUGAGACGGACGAGGCCUUCUUCGCUCCCUAUGAGGAGGUGUACCCCUGCGAGGUGACGGAGCAGAGUGUGGAGAUAAAGACAGACUCUGAUGAGGAUGAGGAGGACACCGAGGAGGAGCAGGAGAUGCUGGUGGAGGCGGGGAGCAGCCAGCUGGACGGCGAGGUCGAUUCGGACCAAGCUGACUUUGAGCCAGACGAGCGUCAGUACCGCUGCAGCUACUGCGGGAAGUGUUACAGCCACGCCUCCAGCCUGUACCGCCACCAGCAGACGCACACGGGCAAGAGUGGCGGGGCGGCACCACCCACCAAACGGGCGCUGGAGCCGACACAUCAGGAAGCGCGCUACACCUGUCCUCACUGCGGGAUGAGCUUCAAAGGCAGCAGGAUGCUCGGCAGUCACCUGCGGCUGCAUGGGAAGCGACGGAUCCACCCCUGCAACAUCUGUGGGAAGGAGUUUAACCACAGCUCCAGCCUGUCGCGCCACCGCCUCAUUCACAAGAAGGGAAAAGGCCUCCCCAAGGAUGUCACCCUCAGUCCCAACAUGGCCGCCCUGCGCCACUCGAUGAAAGCUGGCGGCAAGAACAAGAAGACCAAGCGGCAGCAGCAGAGGCAGCAGCAGCAGCAGCAGCAGCAGCAUGUGGCUACCGCUAUCAUUCAGAGUCAGGGUGUCGGUGGUGGAGGCGAUAAGUUCUACGCCUGUCCACAGUGUGACAUGAGCUUCAGGACAUCCACACAGCUGUCCAAACACCAGGUGACCCACGUGAAGGAGCUGCUGGACAACUACACGCCCGGCAAAGAGAACCUGGGCGAGACCUCGUCUGACCUCAAGAUUCGCCUCAAGCUCUGCUCCCGCGACAAGCCUAACUUCUACACCCUCUGCAAGAAGAACCGCCGCCGCCGGGGGGGCCGGGCCGGUAAACGGAGCUCCACCGUCUCUGAGGAAGAGGAGGAUGGAGGAGGAGGAGGAGGGGGAGGGGCCGGUCGUCAUGGCUGCGGCCAGUGCGGGAAGCGCUUCAGCCACGCCUCCAGCCUGGCACGGCACCAGCAGACCCACAGGGUGAUGGAUGGUGGCGGGCGAGCCAAGCUGCAGCAGCACCAGAAGCAGCUUCACAUCAAGACAGGACUCCCCACCACCAAGACCAAGACCUACACCUGCGCCGCCUGCAACAAGACCUUCAUGCACUCGUCCAGCUUCUCCCGCCACAAGAAGGCCCACAUGGAGGAGGAGCAGCGGGCGCAGGCCGCCGCCGCCAAACGCCGGAAGAGAGUCGUCUUAGAUGAGACCGCCCCACUGGAGUCCGACUCGGAGUGAAAUCACCCGGCUCUGGGCUGGGUUUGGACUGGUUCUGGACCUGUUCUGUGGUGGUUCUGAAUCAGCACUGACUGGUUCUGGACUGGUUUGGGACCAGUCUGGAAUGUUAUUAUAUAUGAAAGUUCUGGACCAGUACACCACCAGUUCUGGACCAGUUGGAGUCAGAUUCUAGGCCGCUCACGGCAGUUUGUUUGUCCAGGUUUCAAGAGCUGGAACUGGUUCUUCUCUGGUGUAGAUAGCAGCAGGACAUCCAUAUAUGGUCGUAUGGCGGGGGGACCUCCACAUAUGGUCAUAUCCAUACAUGGUCAUAACUGACCAUUAGCUCUUAAGGAUGGGAUUAGAUUUCAAGUGUUACCCCACAGCCCCGCCCCUUUCUCGCCCCUCCCCCACAGGCCCCACCUCUCCCACACCUGUCUGUCAGGUGUCUCACAGACGCUGUUCACUUCAUUCUGCCCGCUAUACACUCCAUUUCCCAUCAACCACCUGGGGAGAGAACUGGGAGCAACAGCCAGGCCAUACCCAUCUGCCACCAUAUUUCCCAUGAGCCCCGAGACCUGUUUAUCAGACCUCUGCAGCAGAGCAUUGUGGGAAACUGAGUCUCUGCAGUAAGUGCUGACACGGAAGUUUAAUAACGACAAAAACAACAGAUCAACAAAAUAAACCAAGUAAAUCUGCGGCAGAGAGCGGACAUCAGAAAGUCAAACAAGCCCCGCCCCUCCGCCCCUCCAAUCAGAUCAAAGUGUCUUUCUCUCAUUAACACUUACAGAAAACUUAUUUAUUUUUUUCAAAAUUUUGUAAUCUUUUGACAGAAAACUAAAAUAACAUUUUUACUUGACGUGACGUCUGAAUCAAAGAGACAACUAAUGAUUCUUUUAUUAUGAGUUAUCAGGGAUCCAAAAGUCCAAGAUGCUCAGUUACUGUGAGAAGAACAUAAUGAUAGAAGCUGAACACAGGAAAUGUUUGAUGAUAAGCAACAAAAUGAUGCAGAUCACGUUCUUAUUGAUCGACUGAUCGAUUCAGUCUGGAAAAUAAUUUCAGACCAAAACAAAAUUAAAAUCUCUUAUCAAAAAAAAAAUGAGAAAAAUAACGUCAGAUUUGUCGUUAGUAAACCUCCGUCCAGGUCUGAUGUGGUCCAGGUCUGAUGUGGUCCAGGUCUGAUGUGGUCCAGGUCUGAUGUGGUCCAGGUCUGAUGUGGUCCAGGUCUGAUGUUGUCCCUCCGCUCGUCUCCACAUUCGUUUUCUUUCCUCAGCGACAUCAACGCCCAGUUUCUUUCUGGUUUUGCUCAGAGUGAUUCUGAUUGGCUGAAGUUCUUAUCAGCGCGUUUUGACUGGUUGACUGUUUGGCGUUUUAAAGGUUAAAAUAUGAAAUCUGAGCAGGCGAUCCGAUUGGUCAGAGCUGGCGUUCCUCCACUUUAUCGUUUGCAUGAAGAGUAUAACCUGCAGCUAGUCGGCCAUAUUUGUAGUUUUUCAGCUGUGUGUGUGUUUGCUGACCGGUCUGCGGCGUCUGACAUCUGGAUUUCUUGUUUUAGCGGCGAGCGGUCGUGUUUGGAGGUCAACGGGAAAACUGCACUACUUAUUUAUGAAUUUGGAACAAUGUUGUAAUAUAUAAAUAUUAAUGGUAUUUAAUGUGAUUCACAAUGGAAAAAAAAACAAAAACACCACCUUCAACGUUCAGCAUCAUCAUCCUCAACUGCAGCAGACAGGAAGUGACUCCCACCGACGGCAACCAGUUCUUUCACAGUAAAAGCCUCCACAUCAGUUCAAGAGUUCUGUAAAGUAAAAACAGAUGAUGUGACAGUUCAGAGGAUUUCAGGUAGAAUCUGAACUAACAAACAAACAGAAAUUCAAAGUUACCUCUAUUGGUCGAUUGAAAAGACAAAAAACCAUCAAUCAUCAUUUAUUGAUCAGUUUAUUGGGUUGGUGUGAUCAGAAGAGUUUGUGAUGUCUGUCGGUGGAGUUAAAGUAUUGAUCCUGAAGCAGCUGAUUGGAUAAAGACUUUGACGGGCAUCUUGGAUCAAACAUGGACGACAGACUGAGCAGCUCCAGCCUCCACCCCACGUUCUGUUUCCUGUUUGUGGAGCCACCAGACGGUCAACACUUUGAGUUUGUGAAUAACAUUUUACUGUGUGAAUUGGAUUUAAUUUAAUUUAAUGGUGACCUAUUUAUAAAUGUGUGUAGGCGGCUGACAGUCGCACUACCAACCUCCCGUAGAAAAUCAAAAGAUCUCCUCCUCCUGCUGCUCCUUUUCCUCCUCCUGCUGCUCCUCCUCUUUUCCUUCUCCACCCGCUGCUCCUUCUCCUCCUCUUCCUCUUCUUCCUCCUCCUGGUUUGUGUUCUCAGUUCCGGGCCUCUGUUGGAUCCAUGUUGUGUUGGUUUGUUUCCUCUUUGGUUCUUCGUGGUUCCAGCGAAGCUUCACCUGCAGAUAGAAGGUUGUUCGUCAUUGUAUCGUGUUUGCCAAUAGAAUAAAAACCCAGUGGACAUGUUUUGUCUUGCGUUUUGUAAUAAACCUUUAAAACAAG